CCCGCCUGACCCUGCCCGUGUCUCCCUCCCAGCUGGGUCCCGUGUACACAGAAGGCGGGUUCGUGGAAGGCGUCAACAAGAAGCUCGGCCUCCUGGGCGACUCUGUGGACAUCUUCAAGGGCAUCCCCUUCGCGGCUCCCACCAAGGCUCUGGAAAACCCCCAGCCACACCCCGGCUGGCAAGGGACCCUGAAGGCCAAGGAUUUCAAGAAGAGAUGCCUGCAGGCCACCAUUACCCAGGAUGACUCCUACGGGGAUGAAGACUGCCUGUACCUCAACAUCUGGGUGCCCCAGGGCCGGAAGCAAGUCUCCCGGGACCUGCCUGUGAUGGUCUGGAUCUAUGGAGGCGCCUUCCUCAUGGGGGCCGGCCACGGGGCCAACUUUCUCAAGACCUACCUGUAUGACGGCGAGGAGAUCGCCGCUCGCGGCAGCGUCAUCGUGGUCACCUUCAACUACCGCGUCGGCCCCCUUGGCUUCCUCAGCACUGGGGACGCCAACCUGCCAGGUAACUAUGGCCUUCGGGAUCAGCACAUGGCCAUUGCUUGGGUGAAGAGGAAUAUUGCGGCCUUCGGGGGGGACCCCAACAACAUCACCAUCUUUGGGGAAUCGGCUGGAGGUGCCAGCGUCUCUCUGCAGACCCUCUCCCCCUACAACAAAGGCCUGAUCCGGCGAGCCAUCAGCCAGAGCGGUGUGGCCCUGAGCCCCUGGGUCAUCCAGAAAAACCCCCUCUUCUGGGCCAAAAAGCUGGCGGAGAAGGUGGGUUGCCCUGUGGAGGACACUGCCAGGAUGGCCAAGUGUCUGAAGGUGACCGACCCCCGAGCCCUGAUGCUGGCCUAUAAGAUGCCGCUGGCAGGCAUGGAGUGUGAGUAGCUGCUCAGGUUGGGCCGUGGGGUCUCGAGGUGGGGGUGGGUACUGCCAGG